AUGGGUCUCUUUGCUUCUCCUUCUUUUGCUUCUACUUUCAUCUCAGAUGGUGCCUUUGAAUCACAUGCUUCUACUGGCAGGAAUCUACUUCAGACUAAGAAAGCUUGCCCUGUAAACUUUGAGUUUCUGAAUUAUACAAUCAUCACAAGCCAAUGUAAAGGACCCCAGUAUCCUCCCAGUAGCUGUUGUGGCGCAUUUAAGGAAUUUGCCUGUCCUUACACAGAUGUGCUAAAUGACUUGACCAAUGAUUGUGCAUCAAUCAUGUUCAGCUACAUUAACCUCUAUGGGAAAUAUCCACCCGGUCUUUUUGCCAAUGAAUGCCGGGAAGGGAAGGAGGGACUUGCAUGCCCUGCACUACCGCCAUCAGAAUUGGCUGAUGAAAAAAAUGGGACUGCAAGCAGCAUUGGCUGCAGCUGUGAGGAGUUAGAGAAUUGCUUCGAUAUCAUCAAUCACUACUACCAAAUGGCUUCUUCUCUAGCAAUGUCUCCUCUUCCCAUGGACAGAAAUUUACUUCUCACAACUUCAACCACCACACCAGCUACUAUUAUCUCACUUCGAAUGUGCCACAGCUUCCAGGAAGUAAAGCAAUUGCAUACCCAGUUUGUCGUGUCAGGGCUCCUUGGUCAUCAUCCUUUAUGUGCUAGGAGGCUCCUCGAAGCUUAUGUUACGAUGUCGCAGAUUUAUUAUGCCGUUUCGAUCUUUGAGAGAAUACCUUCUCCUGAUGUGUUUGUUUAUAACACCAUGAUUAGAGGCCUAACAAUGGGUACGUUUCCCCAUGACUCUUUGUUACUGUAUAAAGAAUUCCUACUUGGGUACCUAAAACCAGACAACUACACGUACACCUUUGUCCUCAAAGCAUGCUCGCGUUUGAAAGCUCUUUCCGAAGGCCAGCAAGUGCAUUGCCAGAUAAUUAAGGCAGGAAUAGUACCAGAUACCCACAUCCAUAGCUCCCUGAUUCAUACGUACGCUAAUUCAGGAAGCAUUGACGACGCAGAACGCAUUCUUGGAGAAUUCUCCGAAGAGAACACACUUGCUAAGAAUGCCAUGAUUUCAGGUUACCUGAGCGAGGGUCAUGUAGACAAGGCUAGAACAGUGUUUGAUAACAUGGCAGGAAAAGACGCAGCAUCUUGGAGUGCAUUAAUGACAGGGUACACAAAGAAUGGUAUGCAUGCUGAGGCAUUAGUUCUUUUUCAAGAAAUGAUGGUUUCGAAUAUCCAGCCAAAUGAAGCAGCACUAGUGAGCUUGCUCUCUGCCUGUGGACAAUUAGGAACAUUGCAUCAGGGAAGGUGGAUACAUGCAUACAUUGAUAAAACUGGAGUUCUGAUGAGCACUAAACUCACCACUGCUCUCAUCGACAUGUACGCUAAGUGCGGCAGCAUUGAGUGUGGCUCUGAAUUAUUUCAGAAAAUGGCCAGGAGAGACAUUGUAACUUGGGGAGUUAUGAUUUCAGCUUUUGCUAUCUAUGGCCACGCAAGAAAAUGUUUUCAGCUGUUUGAGGAGAUGCUUGCUGGUGGAAUUCGUCCAAAUAAAGUGAUCUUUGUGACCAUACUAUCAGCCUGCUCACAUGCUGGUUGUGUUGAAGAAGGGAGGCUAUAUUUCAGUCAAAUGGAACAUGAUUUUGGAAUAAAACCAUCCAUGGAACAUUAUGGAUGCAUGGUAGAUCUCCUCGGCCGUGCUGGGCUGCUGGCAGAGGCGGAGGAACUAAUCCUUUCAAUGCCAGAAAAGCCUAAUUCCGUUAUCUGGGGUUCAUUGCUAAGUGCUUGUAGAACUCACAAUGACCUCAAGAGGGGGACUUGGGCAUUUGAGAACUUGAUAGAGCUCGAGCCUACGUCAGGGGACCGGUACAAGCUAGCAGGACUCAUGUUUGCUAAUGCAGGAGAGAAGGAAGAAGUUAUUAAGAUAAGGAAGAUGAUCCAGGAAAAAGAGAUGGAGACAACUUGUGGAUCCAGUUUCAUUGAGGUGGAAGGCUCGGUCCAUGAGUUCACAGUGAGGGAUACUGUUCAUGUUAAAGCAAGAGAGAUACAUGGAAUGAUGAAAGGUGUCAAUAACGUUCUUGAGACUGCUAAUGAUUUUUCUUAG